UGAAUGCAAUAUCAAUAUUUAUGUUUUACGAAUCAUUCUCAGAGAAAUUAACACUCACGUUUAGAAUUCGAAAUCCCUUUUCGUAGCUAUUUCCAUAAGCCUAAUCCUUCGUCGAUUGCUCUCAAAUUCUUGAAAUUAGUUGCUCGUCAGCGACCUCUCCCUCAAAAACCCUAAUUCGCCUCAAAUCCGCGACAAUUUUCCGAUCAAUCUCAUCUCGUGCAUACCCCUUUUUCCCAAAUUCAAAAGCCUCACGCCGAUUUUACCGCAAAAUAUCGAACGUUUCGAUGAUUCAACGGCUGGGGUUUUCACCUGAGUAGUUGCUUGGAUAAUGGGGGCUCUAACCAGCAACAGGAAGCGAGGAGACGAUUACUUCAAAAACCUUUUGUUUGAUCAAUCGCACGGCCACAUCUCCAAAAAACCGAAGCUUUCAGCUUCUAUGAGUCAAACUACGGCGGAUACUAAUCGUGCGGCGGCGGCGAACUCGUUUGCUGCCAGAAUUGCUCAGUAUCCGGAUAGGAAAUUGGGGUUUCCGAGAAAAGUUCACGCCCCAGUUAACCAUAGAUUUGGAAGUUCUUCUUCUAAGAAUACUGUAUCUGCUGCUGUUGGUUCUAGGGAAUCCCCAUCUGAUCAAAUGGGGAAAUUUAGUUUUCUCUCGCGGCUUCUAAACUUGGAAAAACUGAAGGAUUCGGCAUUGAGAUCUAUCAGGCAUAUCGUUCCAGUGAAACAGAAAGAGAAGGAGGUGAUUGAGCUUGAUAGCAGCGAAGACCAGGAUUUUGAUGCUGUCUCUAGUGAUUCUAGCAUAGAAGAGGUGGAGAUUGUGGAUUCCCAGGAUAGAAGGUGGAACGGGGGAGAAUGGGUUGUGGAGAAAGAAGUGCGGUCUUUAGAUUCUUCUGUGGUCACUGAUGUUAGCAAUGCGGGAAAGGUUGAUGAUUUGAAGAAUAAUGGAUUGUCGUUGUUGGACCCAAUGACUGAUGAUUCGGAGGUGCCACUGUAUAAGAGAUGGUAUGAUAGUAUAAAGAAAAGCGAUGCUAAGCUUGCCCACAUAAGUUUUAAUAUAGAUUUACAAGAAAAGAGGGCUCAAGGGUUGCAGUUAUUGUGGCCUCCAAAGAAAGAAGAGCCUAUUAAGAAGGAUGUGACUGAGGAGUGCUUCGUGCCUCUUACUCAUGACGAAAAGGAUGAGGUUUCUUGUGCCUUGUCUAAUUCCUACAGGAGAAAAGUUUUGGCCACUCAUGCGAAUUCAGGCAUUGAUAUUUCUGGAGAAAUACUACAGUGUUUGAGGCCCAGAGCAUGGCUUAAUGAUGAAGUCAUUAAUGUGUAUCUUGGGCUGUUGAAAGAAAGGGAAAAUCGGGCGCCAGAGAAGUUUCUGAAGUGCCAUUUCUUUAAUACCUUCUUCUACAAGAAGCUCAAUGGUCGGGGUGGCUACAAUUUUCAAUCAGUUCGAAGAUGGACUACACAGAAAAAGCUCGGAUAUAGUCUUUUAGAGUGUGACAAAAUUUUUGUGCCUAUCCACAAAGAAGUCCAUUGGUGUCUGGCAGUUAUCAACAAAAAGGAUGAAAAGUUUCAGUAUCUUGAUUCGCUUGGUGGUCAUGAUUAUCAAGUUCUGAAUGCACUGGCCAAGUAUUUUAUGGAUGAGGUGAAGGACAAGUCUGGAAAGGAUAUUGAUCUUAACUCAUGGGAGAAAGAAUUCGUCACAGAACUUCCAGAGCAGUUAAAUGGGUUUGAUUGUGGUGUGUUCAUGAUUAAAUAUGCCGACUUCUAUAGCAGGGAUAUUGGACUUUGCUUUAGCCAGGAUGAUAUGCCAUAUUUUAGGCAGAGGACAGCGAAGGAGAUUUUGAAAUUGAGAGCAGACUGAUGAACAGAGAUCUGACUGUUCAUUUGCCCACACUACACUUUUGAUGGCUCCAUGGCAGAAAAUCAUUGCUAGAUGAGAAUGUUAGAAAUUGGAUUAUCAUAUUGUAAGAUGUGCUUUCUGUAAAGUACAAGUUCACAUUGUGGUGCUACAUCAUUGCAAAUUCAAACCCUGCAGUUGCUGAAGUUGCCAGCCUCUUUCAUCAAACUUGCUUGUAAGCUUCAGCGAAAGCACCGAAACUGUACAUGAAUUCAAGUGUUGAGCAACAUGGCUUGAUGGUCACCUGGUUGGUUAUAAAAAGUCGAUCAUUAGAUUAUAAGUUCAUAACGAUAGCCCAUUCCUGAGUUGGUCUGAGAAGAUCUACUCAUUCUUUUUUUAAAUUUUACUCCAGUGAUGAUUCGCCGCUGUUUUUAUUUCACGUGAUGAUGUGUCCAUAGUAAUUUUGCAGUUUAGCUAUCAGUUUUUUAUUUUUAUUUUUUUGGGGGAGGGGGAGGGGGGUUAAGUCUCUGAAAUGUCUUAGUCUGAGUGUUUUUCUUUACUCAGGAAAUGUAACUCCAUGUUUGAUAAAAAUUGAUGCGGCUAAUGGAGUGAUUUUUCUUGUAUA